AUGCAGCCGCUGCCGCUGCCACGGCCACGAUACUACACGUGGUACCAGCAGCUUUCGACCUUCGCGGCGGCUCCACGUGGGCCGCGUGGCGCCGGGGUCUUUGUGCCUCCGCCACAGCAGAGCCACGCAGGCUUCGUGCCUCCGCCACAGCAGAGCCAUGCUGCUUUCGCGCCUCCGCCGCAGCAGAGCAAUGCACCCAUCAUCGCGCCGCGAAUCACGCCAGCCUUCAACAGAUUGCGGCAAUCUACGGCGGAGGUUCCCGAGCAGGCAGACGAUCAGGCAGAUGGUCUGGCAGACGAGGAGCACGUCCCAGAACAGGUGGUCUAUUUCUCCGAGGAUGCAGCAGAGCAGGACCCCGAGGCCCUUCCAGAGCAGGUGGUCUUUUUCGACGAAGCCGGUGAGACCUUCAAUGAGGACCCCAUGGGCUACAACGUGCAGGAGGAAGCGCCGCCACAGGAAUUUCAGUUUCAGAGGGUGAAGGAAGAGCCGUCCGAGCUGCCUGCGUCUCUCCGCCAAGGGCUUCCUCGUAUCGUUGAGCCGAACCUGAGGGAAUCCAAACCUAUGAGGACCGAUGACUUGAAGCAACUCACGGCUUGGGAGGUGGAGCGAGGUAUGCUCGUCGUUUACGACGGCUAUAGGAGAGCCUGGGUGGACAACUGUUUCCAUGAGGACGACCAGUUUUGGUUGUGUGAUGAGCAGACCAAUAAGGUGAUCUUCAACCAAGGCGAAGAUUCCAUUCGAGCGUUCCGAUCCUCCGAGCUGCUGUUUACAGGGAACUACACCCCUCUGGUCAUGAUCUCCACCGAGGUCAUAAUAACGCAGGAGAUUCUCGAUAGGCUCAGUCAGCAGCAGGACUGGGAGGGCCAGAUGGAAGAAAAAACGGGCAUUGAAAUCCGCAUCGAUCCUCCACGCUUCAAGGUGGUGAUUGGCGAAGGGCCGCCUCUUGAGGUCAAGAGAGCCUUGCAAGUAGUCAACGCCGAAAUCGCCCGGCUCGAUCAGCAGAUCUGGUCUGCCGACCAGCAAGUCGAGUCGCCCCCUCCGCCGGCGCCGCCGGAGCCAGCAUCCGCUGAAGAGCUGACGAGCCAGCUUGCGUCUCCUGUGCCCGAGGCCCCUCUGGGUGGCACGCCAAAGAAAUCGGAUGCACGCAGGAGGCCCCUUGACGAGGACGAGGAGGACGAAGUGGCGAGGCGAGUGAAGCGCAAGCUGAUGGCCGACAGCCAAGAGAUGUUCCGACUGGGCUUUCAGGCAGCCCUGAGGCAGAUGGAAGAGGCAAAAGCUGAACGAGGAGCCGCUGAAACGUCUGUUCCGGUCAAGGACGAGGGCAGCGCUCCACCGGCGGAGUUUGCCAACAUCCUUCGGGAGAAGGUGUCUGCCGCAUCGGCCACCUCAGCCGGGAAGCCGCAACAAGCAAACGGCGCAGCCCCAGCGGUCGCCCCAGCGGUCGCCCCUGCAGCCGCAGAGCCUGCAGCUUCGCGCCCCAACAACGAGGUGAAGACGGUCAUGCAGUGGGCGCAGGAUCAGGGCCAGUUUGCACACUUGACGCCUUUGCCGCCAGACUGGAUACGGGUACGGAGAAAGACAGGCAACGGCAUCUACUUCGUCAACAUCCGCAGUGGCAAAGCGCAGUUCGACCUGCCCGAUGGCUGGGUGAAGAUGAAGUCUCGAAGCAGCGGCGCGCCAUAUUACUGGAACCCCAAGACCGGUAUUUCGCAGCUCGAGAAGCCACCAGACGCUGUGGCAGACCAGCCUGCCCAGUCAGUCAUCACCGGCGCUGCCACCCCAGCACCUGCAGCAACGGGAGCCCACGACUGA